GGAGGAUGGGAGAGGCGGAGUAAUGGUUUGAGGUGGAAACGGGUCGGAAAUGACUAAGAGGAAAGGUUAAGCAGGAGAAGGGUCGGGGAACGAAGGUGUCGUUCACUCACAUACACAGGGGGUGAGGGGCGGAGGAUCAGCGAUGUGCCAGCGGAUGCUUUGGCCUCCAAGAGAAGGAAUUCCUGUGGCCAGCUCCAGCCAAAGAUAGGCUUACCAAAGUUUUGGCUUUGUUGCAAAAGUUAAGUCAAGACUUAACUCUUCUCUGGUGAACAAGUGUGCAGAUUGUGACAGAUGUCCAUCCAAGAAAUGAAUAAACAUGCAGUUCUCCCUCCUAUCAUUAGUAGAAGUGACAAGGAAUUUUUGGAAAGUAUGCAAAAAUACAUAAUCACAGAAACUGAAAGAGUGGGCUGUACUGAGGAAGGACCUGCUGAUGAAUAUUACAUCAUAUACCGAAACGUUUUUGAUAAGGUAAUAGAGUAUGUCACUGCAUACAAAUCCAUUCUUACUUCAAUCAAAAAAGAAUAUGAUGCCUUUAUUGAGACAAGGAAGGAAGGACAAAGAACUGCAUUUUGUCUUCAUGGAAAACUUAAAGCUUUGGCAGCAGAGCCCACAGCUUUGGUGUAUCACAGGAAAAGAAAAAUCCAACUUGAAACAAAAAUGAGGGUUAUUGAAAAUAAUUCCUCAAAGAUUCAAUUGCAAAUAGACAAAAUGAAACAACUUAGGGCAGAAUAUGAUGCAAAAGAAGUAAGAUAUCAUACUUUCUCCAAAGAUCCUUCAAAACCUAUUCCAGCUAAGCCACAUUUUAAGAAAUUGGAGUAUAUCGUAGAAUUCGUCGGGAUGUUGAGAGGCAUGACUCUCCAAGAAUCUGUCAAUUUAGUUGCUCUCACUAAAUACCUGAAACAUCUUGAAGAUAAAUAUGCUGAAAUUAAACAGGCUAUGUUGAAAAAAUAUGUACCAGUUCAGAGAAAGGCAGAGUUAGAUGAGGAAAUGAUUGUAACAUUAAAACGGAGAGAUUUAGCUGAAAAUCUGAACAAAGAAUUACAGUUUCGUCAUCAAAGACUGCAGAUUAUUUCAAAUGCACUUACUUCAUGGGUAAAAUCUGAUAUGAGCAGCUCAUUUGAAGACUUUGUGGAGCAAAUUCAGAAAACUAAAAGUUUACCUGUAAUUAUAGGUGACGAAGGCAUUGUUGAAGAACUGCUUGAAGACGAUCCAGGCAAGGCAAAAGAAGCUGAAAUUUUGCUUUGCUACAUUGAAAGGUUCAAUGACUUAAUGUCGCUUGGUGAAUAUGAAAAGGCAGCUUGUUUUGCAGCAAACAGUCCUAGAAGAAUUCUUCAAAACAUUGGGACAGUGAACAAAUUUAAGGCUGUUGGAAAGAUUAGAGGCAAGCCUUUUCCAUUACUCUUAUUUUUUGAGACCAUCUUUAGCACAAGUCAUGCAUGUAGACGUCCUAUUGAUGCAGAACUAACCCUGGAAGGAAUCAAAUGUGGAUUAUCUGAAAAACGUUUAGAUUUAGUUAUCAAUUGGGUCACCCAGGAAAGGCUCACAUUUUCUGAAGAGUUGGGGGAUGUGAUUUGUGAUUUUGGGGAACAGGAUACUUACAACAAGGCCAAGUGCCUGGCUUUAGCUCAGAUGAUCUACAGUGACUGUGGCCUGCCCAAGAAAGCUCUUCUUUGCCUAUGUCAACAGGGUCAGAUUCAUGGGGCCAUGGAAUACAUACAACAAUUCAAGGACUUUACUUACGAUGACCUGAUGCAGUUAAUAAAGUUAUGUCCUCACACUGAAUUAAUUCAGUGUCUCACUAGAGAAUGGAACGGGAAACCACCAUCUUUAUCUUUCGGUCUUGUUAUACUUCAUCUGUUUUCUGUAGACAUGGAAAAAGUUGGCAUUAAGCUACUUCAAGAAAUAAGUAAAGGUGGGAAAGGUAUAGUUGAACAUCUUAUGAUAAAUGAUCCAUUUUUCUCAUUAGAAAACUGGCAAGAAGUGGCAAAUAUAUGUUUACAGAAUGGCUUUGACAAGUUAUCUCACGACAUCAUGUCCAUCCUUCGAUCUCAGGCUGGCGUAACAGAAAUUUCUGAAGAGGAUGAUACAGUCAACUUAAUGGAACAUGUUUUUUGGUAGUUCCAUGUCUCAACCAGUUGAGGGAGCUUAUAUAACAUUUUAUGUGUAUUGGUUGGGCAAGCUGGUUUUGGCAUAACUAACUUAUAAAUAAAUCUAAAGUAUGAAGCUCUCAGAAAUAAAUCAUGCUGUUUUUGUUAUGAUGAUUUGUCCUUGAAACAUUUAUACCGUUGCUUUCUUUUUUCCAUAUGAUCAUUUCUGAUAUUGAAUCUUGAUAAAAUCCAAGAAUAUAAUUUUGUAUAAAACUCAGUUUAGGCAGUUCUAUCUAAGGGCAUAAGCUAAUGUCUAGAUAUAUUCCUUUCUGGGGAUCUAGUUUUAUAGUAAGAACUGAGGAAGGUGUGAACAGUAUCCUGUCAGACUAAUUUCCCAAAUAACAAAUGCUUUGAGACUGAUUUUUAACAAGAAAGGCAGGAUGUAAUUUCAAGGUUGGACUCGCUGGUGAAAACCUACAGUAUAGUAAUUUUAUACUACUGAUUUAAAGAUGUGUCCCUUGCUUUGGUAUAUGUAAAUGGCAAAUGCUAGACUUCUAAAAGUUAGGAAUCUUAGCAUGUUCUUACCUAGAGAGAAGACCAGCCAAAUUUUGCAUGAAGUAGAACUGAGAUGCCUGUAGGUAUGGAAAAUAUGUCAUGAGAAGUGGUUUUGGAUGAUUUCAAAUGUCUGAAUAAGUAUGUGAUGGAAUACUAAGAGUUCUGUGUCAUGGUCAGGUAGGAUAUUCAAAAUAUUGAGUGAUCAGUUUGUCACGGGCACCCCCAGUCAAACAGAACAGAUAAUCAUAACAACUUUCAGCCCUUAUGCCAUACCAGCUGAAUGUCAGCCUUGAUCACGGAACAUGGUAACAAUGGAGCUGCUAUUAGAUGGAGUCAGAGUAAAAAGUCACCUUUUCCCCUACUAGAGUGUCUGUUUUUUACUUUAUAGCGGACAGAAUAUGAACUUGGAAUCAGACAGCCUUGUAUUCAAAUUUUGGUCUUACCUCUUCCUCUUUGCAAAAUGUGGGCAGUAAUACUUCCUCUAAAGCUUUGUCAUGAGGAUUAGUGAUAUAUGUGUGUAAUAAAAGUAUAUAACAUAAUGGAUGAAUUUCGUAGAAGAUAACUUAUUUGUAUGUAAGUCCCAGAAAUACAUAUUCCUGUUCUUGGCUUAUACUUACUAAAUCCCACAUAUCUAUCCAUUUGUAUUUAUGUAAUUAUCCUUCUUUGGAGUAUUUGAUAUGUUGACAUAGCUUUAUUGAGCUAUCUGUCCACGCUUAUAUUAGGAUUGCUUGGCUUAUUUUACAAAUCCUGGUCUUGUACAUUCUAUGGGUUUGGACAAAUUUAUAAUGACAAGUAUCCACUAUUACAGCAUCAGAAUAGUUUCACUGUCCUAAAAACCCUCUGUGCUCUACCUAUUCAUUCCCCAUGGCCGAAGAUCACAUAGCAGAGGUCAUGAUAAACUAAAUUUCUGAUUAGGUGUUCUUUCUACUAUGCCAGCGAAAGAGAGGAAAAACGUUUCUUCCAGACUGACGUCAGAAAGAUUUACUUGUACUUACACGUUUAUCAUUUAUCAAAAUGAAUUUCCAUUAAUUUCAUCUAUUUGGAAAGGUUUAGAGGUUUUCUGAAACAAAAAUUUAAUCUAAUGAAAAGUUUUAACAUUUAGGACUUUUUCUAAAUCCUGGAUUAGUUAAGAAAUAACCAUUAUAUUCAAUCACUUUUUUAAACUUGACAGAUGAAAAUGUUACUUUUUAAUUGCCUUCAAUUCUGUUAGACUGCUAAAGCAUAAGUUAAGUUAAAAAUCAAAGUCAGGCCUCAUUGGUUAUUUUUUUUUAACUUUCUCCAUUUCAUGGAAAUUUCUUCCAUUCCUUCUCCGAAAAAAAACUAUUUUUUUUUCUUCAAGUUUUUAUUUAAAUUCCAGUUAGUUAACAUACAGUGUAAUCUUAGUUCCGGGUGGAAAAAAACAGCAUUUUAACAAAGUUGAACCAGCGUAGCACUACUGAACAUAUAAAGUUGUCAAUUUGCUAGUAGUUAUAAUUUGUAUUUUGAAAGGUACUGAAUAAAGGUA